CAGAUUUUCAGUCGUUUUUCCGAAAAUCAUAAAUUCACACUAACACGCAGAUUGGAAAUAUAAAAUUAUAGAUAGCAAUUCGGUUGCUUGGCAUUUGUUUAAGAGCCGGUAACCACACCGGUAGCCAUUGGCAACCUACGGCGUUGUCAUCGCCUCCGUCAAUAAAAAAACAACAACAAUAACAACAACAACCGCAACAAUAACAAGAGCAACUGCUCGGCUAGUACAAAUCAUAAUCAAAAUUUAAAAGAGCUCGCAAGCGUCCGCUAGAAAAAAUAGCUGGAAAUCCGACAAAAUGCCACCAAAGGGUAAAAAGGGCAAAAAGGGCAAGAAGCUGCCAGUGCUCAUCGAUGGCGUGGACACCUCCGCGAUGACGCGCGAUCAGCUGGAGGCGUUUGCGCUGCGCCUGAAAGCGGAAAUGGAUCGGGAGCGGGAAGAACGCAACUACUUUCAGUUGGAGCGCGACAAGAUACGCACCUUCUGGGAAAUAACGCGCCAGCAGCUGGAGGAGUCCAAGUUUGAGCUGCAGCAAAAGGAUAAGGAGAUCGAGGCGACACAGGAUCUGGCGGACAUUGACACCAAGCACAUUAUGCAGCAGAUGAAGCAUCUGCAGUUCGAGAACCAUAGCAAGCUGGGCGAGGUGCGCGCCGAGGCCAUGACCCAGCUGAAGGUGGCCCAGGAGCAUCAUCUGCUGCAGGAACUGGAGCUGCAGACCGACAAGCGCCAGCUGCGCCGCAUUGUGCGCGAGCGCAUCGAGAUGAGCGAUAUGCAGCAUCGCCAACUGGAGGCACACUUCAACCAGCAGCUGCUAGAGCAACGCCUCUUGUUUGAGAGUGAGCGCAAGGAUAAUGAUCGCCUGCACGAGGAGAAGAUGAAGGAGCAGCGCAGCAAGCUGGAGCUGUUCUUCAACUCGCAAAUGUUUGAGGUAGAGGAGCGCAAGAAUCAGCAGAUUAAGGACCUGCAAGAUCACCACGAUCUGGCAUUUAACGACAUGAAAAACUAUUAUAACGACAUCACAUUGAACAACCUGGCGCUCAUCGGUAGCAUGAAGGAGCAAAUCGAACAGCUGCGUCGCCAAGCAGAUCGCAGCGAUCGCAUAGCCGCCGAGGCGACCACAGAGACGCGCCGGCUCAAGGAGCCGCUGGAGCAUGCCAAGACGCAUCUGAAGGAGCUGCAGCGCAAGCUGGAGUUCUACGAUCGCGACAAGCUGCAGCUAAGUCGCAUGAAGAAGAGCAACAUCAUCUUGGAGAAGAAGGUGAAGAGUCUGAUGUGGGAAUCGGAGACACUCUUGCUGCGCAACGAUGCUCUCGUUGGCGAGCGAGCCAAUCUCAAGGCUCGAUUCAACGAGGUCAUCGUUGAAUUGCAGCAGAAGACUGGCCUCAAGAAUGUCCUGCUCGAGCGCAAGAUCGCAGCCCUGAUGCGCGAGGACGAGAAGCGCAGCAUAAUCAUGCGCAAAACGAUCGCCACCUGUGCCCCCGAAUUCGCCGACAAGCUGCAGAAUGUGGAGAAGACCGUCAGCGAUGUGGUCGACACCAAGAACCAGACCAUUAUCGAUCUGCGCUACGAGCUGGCCAAGGCCUGGAAGGCCCACGAUGACCUGCUCGAGACCUACGAGUGCAAGCUCAAGCAAUACGGCAUUCCCACCGAUGAGCUCGGCUUUCAGCCGAUACGCGAACGGACCAACCAGCAGCUCUACAUAUGCGGCCCCGCCGGCAUUGUCACGGAGAACAAGUAAUCCGGCCCAAGCAUGGGCCAUACCAUAUAGGCCACUGGCCACUGGCCAGUUAAUUGAAUGAGAAGAGAUACCCAUGCGAAUCCGGAUGCAGUUAAAAUUAGCCAAAGACAACAAGAUUGAUUGAAGUUCAAUUUAGUUUAUUUAACUUUAUGUCGUGUAUAAGUAUAUAUGUAUGUAUAUAUAUAAAUACUUGGGUAUACCUGUCUAGGCAGUUAAGCAAGUAUAUAAAAAGAAAACGUAUAAAAAAAGGAGAGUAAAGAGUUACACUUUUUGAAAGCAGUACGUACACACGAUACAUCUGGUACCUUGAGAAAAUGUUUACCAAUAAUAAGUUUAAUACUAUAGC